AUGUCGGCCAACUCCCUGAGUCACUUGCUCCAUGCAACUGCCGGUCCGGAAGCCCACCGAUCACCCACCGGACCAGACGCCAGCUUCACGAUAACGACACCUCCAGCUGUGUCCAAUGCUCCACCUGCCCAGCCUCAGCAGCAGCAGCACCACCACCACCACCACCGCCAUCAACAACAACAGCAGCAGCAGCAGCUCACCUUCAGCGGUCACAUACCGGACUCCUACAGUCCAGUGCCGCCACCCCCACUGCUACCGUCUCCCUCGGUCCCGCAACCUCCUCCGUUGACCACUGCUGUACAAGCGUCAACUGUUCAGCAAGGUGGUCUCCCCCCUCAGGCUUCAGCAGGACGUAGUCAUAGUCUCACGCAGAGCUUGUACCAAUGCGCUGACUGCCAGCGGCGUUAUUCGCGCCCCGAGCACCUCGCUCGACAUAUUCAAACACACACCCUUGGGAAACGUUUCUUCUGCCAGGUAUGCGGCAAGGCAUUUGCUCGGGCCGAUCUACUCAAACGUCAUGCUGCGAAUCAUGACAACGACAACGACCCAUCAAAGAAGCGCAGGCGCACUGAUACAGCACCCAAUGCCGGGCGCGUGUCGCAUGCCUGUAAGGCUUGCGCAACAGCCCGGGUCAAAUGCGAGGAAAACAAGCCGUGUACGCGAUGCCGCAACCGUAACUUGACCUGCGAGUAUAACGCAGCCGAGGCUGGCUCAGCAGCCGCCCUGCACCUGCUUCAUCUAUCCACAAAUGCACACUCGGGAACAGUUGAAUCAGGGUCACCCAGCUAUCUGAAUCAACAAGAUGCAAAUCCUGGCCAACCGUUAGGAAUAAUUCCAAUGAAUACUGGGAGCGUUUCGGUGAAGCCCGAAACAGGCCAGGUGCCAACGCCCGAGGCAAUGGCAGACCAGACGAACCAACUACAGGUUUUUGCCAACCCAUAUGCCCAAGGUAAUAUGGUCGAUAUGGCCAAGAUGCCUUUCACCGAUUUCUUGCGGGAUGUCUUGUACGAUCAAUCAGUCGAUCCAGCGCGGCCUGAUGUGGUCCAGGGUCUUUCUGUUCUUGAUUUCUGCGAUGACACAAACUACGAGCUUACGGAUAUCGACUUUGGCUUGCUGGAUCACUGGAACCUUGAUGAGACAAACAAUACGCAAACAGUGACCCAAGCAGUCACACCCCAAACGGACGAUCCAACCGUCGACAUGUCACAGAUGAGGAAGAAUCUUGUCAAAAUAUGGACAAACUCGCCAUGGCGGUGGAUCCCAAUCGAUCGGGAUUCGGUCUACACAGAGUAUGGGAACCUACCUAUUUCGCAGCGUGAUACGACCAGCCAACGUCUUCAGGAAACACAAAGACAGGUGGAUCGUGUCAUCAAAGAUAAACUGGAUUCGUCAAGUAGAGACAAGGUCCUCAGUGUCGUGCUCCAAACUAUGAAGACGGAUGCGAUGAGGCUUCGUAUUGCCUCGUCGUUCCCAAGUGCUGACGUUAUGGACACGUUAACUCACAUAUACCUGGCAGCUCACUUAUGCACUGUUAGCAGCUGGAUACAUGUGGGAACCCUUGCUCUAAAUAGCCAAUGGCCCGAGUGGUUGGGGAUAGUCGCGGCAGCUGGUGGCGUUUUGACUCCUGUGGCUACGCUUAGAAAGUUUGGCUUUGCCAUACAGGAGGCCAUGCGGAUAGCCAUACCGAACAGAUUCGAAGAGAAUAACACUAGAACUGGUAACCUUGGCCUGGUCCAGACAUUAGUACUCAUACAGGAUGUUGGACUUUGGAGCGGCAGUCGACGCAAGAUGGAAAUAUCCGAAUGUCAUUUAUUAAUCCCCAUUACAAUGAUGCGAUAUCGGGGGAAAUUUCAACGAUCGUCAUAUCAGCAAAUCACGGUUGAACCUACAGACGAAGGCGAAGUUCUCGAGGAUAAAUGGCGCCGGUGGCAUGAACAGGAAAGCUGGAAGAGAUUGAUCUUCCACUGUUACCUGCGCGAUGCAGAAACGUCAAUAACCACGUUGGCGCCACCGACUAUCUCAUAUUCCGAGCUCACGUUGCCACUUCCAGACUCAAAAGACCUGUGGUUUGCUAGGAGUGCCUUAGAAUGGAAACGCCAUUUUCUGACUAGGUCGGCGGGCUAUACCAAGAGACCACCAUCUUUGCCCGAUAUAAUGCGCGAUAUCAAUUUGUUGACCACGAAUUACCAGCGGCUCGACGCCCAGUUUGCAAUAUCCAUCUACUUGCAUUGCUUCUGGACCUUGAUCCUGGAGUGGCGACACCUUUGUGCGGUCCAUCAGUCAAACUCCUUCGGGAGUGGCUACCAGGCCGGACCACAUCUGAUACUUAACUCCAGACACCAGGACCUCUGUAGGUCGCUUCAGGAUUUCCAACUUGUAACGUCAGACUGGCACGCCUCUUUAUCCGCUCAGGAGAGUCUCCUCCUGAACUUGUUAUUGAUGAACCUGCAUGUUUCGAUGGAUGAUCUGCAAUUGUUUGCUGGCAAGGAAGGGGAGGAACAAGCUCGACGGGUAUAUCCGGUUCUUCAACAGUGGUCCGAAAACACGGAGGCGAGACAGGUGGUCUGGCAUGCUGGCCAAAUCCUCCGACAGGCCAAGUUGUUCCCCCACGGCCACCUGAAGGAUUUCUAUGCCGUGGGAGUACAUCACGCAGCAUUAGCACUGUGGGCAUAUGGUGUGGUCAUCAAGGCAACUAGGCACCAGGCGACACCAAACGAGCAUCAGGAUAUGGUGCUCGUUGACACGUCGGAUUCGAACCAGGUCCAGCGUUUCAUUGGUUUUGGGCAUGGGCGUCCCGGUAUUCGGACCAAGGACGACCACCGAAUAGAGCCUCUCGAUGACCCGAGGGCCUGUAUGAACAUUGUGGAAGGCAUCUUCAGAAGCAACUUUGUUAAAGGCGAUGUUCCGCCUCCUAUCGUCGAGAACAUCUGCAAUCUUGUCAAACAGCUCGGCGGUGCCGCCUGGGCAGUUGGGCUGAGCUAA